AUGACAAUCAUCAUUGGAUCAUUAUUCUUGCCGUACACUGUGCACUUUCAAAUUGAUCAAGAUCAAUACGAAAUUCUCCAAAGUGAGAAUAGCUCCAAAUUGGAGAGUUUGCGAAUCUCAACUGUACCGAGUUUCAAAACUGAGGAAGCCAGACCGUCACUUUCCAGUUCGCUUGGCUCAAGUUCAGCCUUGCCAUUGAGUCGCGAGUCAAGAUCCAUUAUUCCAACACUUCCUCAGCAACAAACCAAUUCUAUUUUGGCACCUUCCACACAGAAUCAUGUUGCCGUCGAUAGGAGUUCUACAUCGGCUCGUUCUGAGACCCCAGAAGGUUUCUUCUACACCAAGCGCCCUGGUGGACUCCUGCGUAACCCUACUAGUUCGUCAUAUCCAAACACACCUGUACCUGCUGCACUUCACAAGCCCGCGCCCGAUCGCCAUUACAUUCAACCUAAGCCACGUAUAGGUAAUAUGAAAGUUGAGAGCUCAAUUACUGAUCCAAAGAAACCAGCUGAGCCAUAUGGAUCUCCGGCAUUGAAGAUUAGCCGCUCAUCAACGGGCUUGGCACUUAUGAACGGUGGAGGAACACCGCCAUCAUCAGCAACAGCAGCAGCAGCAUCAUCAUCACCAUUAGCUGUAGGAGGGGCACACUCAGCGGGAUUGCCAGGAGCCGCUGCAACUAGCGCAAGACCUCCAAACUACCGUUCAAACUCUUCGUUCCAAAGAUCAUUGCAAUCUGCAGAAUCAAGCAAGUCGCUGAUUCCACAAUCACAGGCCAAGCUUUCAUCCUCACAAAGAAGCGGCGGCUUUACUUUUCAUGGAAAUGUCAGUACCAACUCGCUUGUCUCCGAAGACAGCCAUGCUCAUUUUGAUGAUAUGGAGAUUGUACCUUCUUCAUUUGAGGAUGAUGAUGAAAACGGAGAUGGUUUAACAGGUUUUGAGCGGAAUUAUAAGAAUUCAGUUUCACAAAAUAGAAGUUUGGCACCAUUUGGCGGGUUUUCCAAUCCAGGUAUUGAACAAAAUCUUUGGAAUGAUGACAAUAUAUUUGACACCGCUGAGUGGUCGAUUGUUGCAUCAGAUGAUGGCAAUGGUUCUUUGACCAAGGCUAUUGACAUUUCUAUUAAAGAUGGCAUUAUCAAUCAAACCAAAUGGGUUGGAUGUAUUGCCAUGCCUAGUGAUACCAUUUCUGAUUCGGUUAAAGAAGAUAUAACAGCUUCAAUGGCUGCAGAGUACAAUUGUGAAGCAGUGUUUCCCGAAGAUUUCACAUUUGAUGGCCAUUACAAGUCAUUUUGUAAACAAAUAUUGUGGCCCACCUUGCAUUACCAAAUACCAGAUGACCCCAAGUCCAAGGCAUUUGAAGAUCACUCAUGGGGUCAUUAUGUGUUGAUGAAUAAGCUCAUUGCUGAUAAGUUGGUGGAUACAUUUAUCAAAGUUAAUGGAGAAGACAACUUUGAUGAUAAUGGGAAUGUGAUUUGGGUCCACGAUUACCACUUGCUUCUUGUUCCCAAAAUGAUCAGAAAAAGACUUCCUAAUGUCAAGAUUGGAUUCUUUUUGCAUGUUUCAUUUCCUUCGUCUGAAGUGUUUAGAUGCUUAGCGCAAAGAACAGAGUUGUUGGAGGGAAUGUUGGGUGCAAACUGUAUCUCAUUCCAGACUAAUGAGUAUGUGCGUCAUUUCUUACAAACAUGCACUUCGUUGUUGAAAGCAAAGACUAGCGAAGGCAGCGUCUUGCAUAAUGGCAAACUUACCUUGGUUAACACCAUUCCUGUUGGUAUUGACUCGCCUUCACUUAGUAAGAUUGUGCAUAGUGAUCUGGUUAGUGAAUGGAGACAACUUAUUCGUGAUAGAUGGGGUAAGCAAAACCUUAUCAUCAGCAGAGAUAAGUUGGACAAGCUCAGAGGAAUAAAACAAAAACUUUUGGCUUACGAGAAGUUUUUGAAACUGAACCCAGAGUUUAUUGAGAAUACUGUUUUGAUUCAAAUAUGUAUUGGUGGAGGUUCGGAUCCACUUUACGAGCUGGAGGUGAUGAAAAUUAUUUCUCGAAUCAAUUCGAUGCCAGAUAACAUGACCAUCAUCCAGCCAGUGGUUUUAUUGAACAAGGACAUUGAGUUUGACCAAUACUUGGCUCUUCAAUGCGAAGCUGAGGUGUUUAUUGUCAGUUCCAUGAGAGAAGGAUUGAAUUUGACGUGUCAUGAAUUCAUCACGGCAACAGAAGACAAAAAAUCUCCUUUGAUUUUGUCUGAAUUUACUGGCUCUUCUUCGUUAUUAUCAUGUGAUGGCGAAGGUGCAUUAUUGAUUAACCCAUGGGAUUUAAAGAAGUUCUCGGAAACAAUCUACGAAGCUUUGACUAUGGACAAACUGGAGAAAGCUAAGCGCUGGGAGAAUUGUCAUGACUUUGUUUUGACUCAAGAUUCAAAGCACUGGGUAUCCGAGUGUCUUGAUAGCAUCAACACAGCUUGGAGUAGAAAAUAG